UUUGUUUUUUAUUUACGGAGUAGUACUUUCUAAUGACUGAAUUGCCCUUAAGGGAUGAGGUUGUGGACUUGUGGUGGAAUUUGGAUAACCCCAGCUCAGUUUAGCAGGAAGAAACAGGCUUGUUCUUCCCUCUUUGACAGAGAAAAAACCAGUUUAUUUGGUCAUUGAAAUUACUCAUUUCUUAUUUUUGUAAUAACCUAAAUGGAAAUUGGAUUCAAGAGCAUCAAGAAAUAGGCUCGCGCUCGCUCUCGCUCGAGAUUGCUGUUAUCCGUCCCUGACCGACUAUUUAUUUUUGUACCCCGUCCCUGACUCGGUGCAACCUAGCAUGCGAACAGCUCUCCUUCCGAAGGGGCGACUGCCUACUAGCAGGUCCAAGGUGGUAGCAAAACUCAUCAAACACAACGAGUGCAAGUCCGAACAACGAUUGGUGCUAUUUCCUGAGGAAAGUGAAAUUACCCGGAGACAGUUAUGUACUGCUGCUUCAGUGGUGGCGAUUCUGACAUUCCAGCAGGGUAUGAUAUCAGAACCAGUUAAGGCUAAAGAAGUUGAUAAAGGAGAUGAUGGUUUACUGGAACCAAUUAAGUCAUUGUUUGAUCCAAAUGAAAAAACAAAGUCAGGCAAAGUAUUGCCAAAAGCCUACCUCAGGUCAGCCAGGGAGGUUCUGAAGACACUUCGAGAUUCCUUGAAGGAAGAUCCAAAGGAUGCGGCUAAAUUCAGGCGAAAUGCAGAUGCCGCUAAGGUAUCUAUUCGAGAUUAUUUAAACACCUGGAGCGGCCAGCAAGCUGUAGCCAAAGAGGAAUCUUACACGGAGCUAGAGAAAGUAUUUAGAUCCCUUGCUCGCUUUUAUUCAAAGGCAGGUCCAUCAGCUUCACUCAGUGAUCAAGUCAAGUCUGAAAUCUUGCACGAUUUAGAUAUUGUUGAACAAUUUUUGUAGCUGGAUAACUCUGCCUGUAUAGGUUAGUUGGUUGACUUGGUUCCAGGUUCUUCGUGUGCAAUACGUUUUUACGAAAACAGCUGUAAUCUGAAUUUUCCAGUCCAAACUGCAUAUUUCUUGGGUGGAUUCAGACAUAGUAACUGCGUAAUUAACACUUUAACAGGCAUCCUGUUGUUUUGCGAUGUAAUUCCACUUCUGAUGCAUAUUCAA